AGCGGGCGACCGCAGUGAGUGAUGGACCAGCGUCUGCAGCGCUCAUAUGGAUUGUGUUAAAACUCUGAAUGGGCAGUGAUUCCCGUGAGUGAUUUGUGUGUCUGUGUUCCUGAGUGAAAAUUCGGACUAGCAGCUUCCGAAGGAGGACGAGGAGGUGUAGAAAUUCUCGGUGGCACCGAUGGAUUUGUAAAACGGAGCCUAGUGAUCGCAGCGAGAGAGUGAGUAGCGAACUAGUGCAAUGCGCCUUGCCCGUUUGAUAGACUCGGCCACCGCGAUGGCCCCUUUGCUGGUGCUGGCGUUGCUGGCCGCCGCGGCCAGCGGCCACCUGAGCAGCCUGCACACAAACCACGUGAUGAGCGGCAGCGAGUCGUCGGCGACGCGCGACGAGUCGCUCGUGGUCGUUUCGCACGACGUGCGGCCCGGCUUCGAAGUGGUCCACUUUCCGCACCACGACCACCGCCACAGCAGCUACCGGCUGCUGGACACCGGACACUCGCAGUACUUCGCCGUCAUGGAGGACGGCGUGCUGAUGACCACGACGGACGUGAGCGCCCUGCGUGGCCGCCCCAUCACGCUGAUCGUCGUCGAGGAAACCGAACCGGAGGAAAACAACGAAGCCAACGUCGAGUUGCGCUCCAGUGUCCGCCACACCGUCCGCGUCCACGUGCUGGACGCCCGGCGGAGGCUGCACUUCGCCCACGAGGCCGUCGACGCGGCCUACGUGGAGGAGAACGCCCCUGAGGGCACGGUGGUCAAAGGUCUGCCGGCGGACACCCUCCGACCUAGGUCGCUGCGCCACCCCAGCAGCUCGCACAUCCGACUGGCCAUCGCGUCCGGAAACGAGGAUGGCGCCUUCAUGCUAGAGCAGACGGAGGACAACUUCCCGCGCCUAGUCACUGCCAGACCUCUGGACAGGGAGAAGAAGGACGAGUACUGGCUGACUAUCAAGGCUGUCGAUGACUUGCUCGACCCCGCUGAUGACGUUGCUUCAACCAAAAUCCGUGUUCAAAUCAUGGACGCCAACGACAACGCGCCCAGAUUCCCCAAGAGGCCCUACCACUUCAAAGUGCCCAAGAAUGCAACCAGGUUUUCAACGAUCGGCGCCGUGACUGCCCGAGACGCCGACGGUGACAAGGUGGCGUACCGACUUGUGUCCGGUCCCACCGGCCUGGUGGUCGUCGUUCCCCAAACCGGCGAACUGCUUCUGCUGCUGCUUCCUCCCUACGGCAAAGACGACCUGGUCAACAUGGGCCCCAAGGAGGGCUCGACCACGACGAUGGCGCCGCUGCUCAGUUCGUACGAGUUGCAAAUCGAGGCGCACGACGUCGGCCGCACGCCGACGCAAUUCUCCGAACCGCCGGCCAGGGUCUUCGUCGAGUUCAGCACCGAGGACGAGGAGGAGGAGGAAGAGGACGAGAUUUACGAUGGUGACAUCGUGAUUCACCGCAUUGAAAAGCGUCGCGUCACGCGCGCCGUUCGCGCCACCAAACGCGUCGAAUUCAUGGAGUCUGAUGGCGAGACUGAGGGCCGCGUCGUCUUCCACCUGGACAAGGAGACGGAACGCGAGCAGUUCAAGAUCAGGGACGAAAAUCCCUGGGUCACCGUCGAGCCGAACGGCGCCGUCCGAGUCAAGCGUCGCUGGGACUAUGAGGAGCUCGGACCCGAAAAGACCAUCGACUUCUGGGUCACCAUCAGCAACACCGCAGGUGGGGACACCGACAAUCAGCGAGUGAUCAUCCACGUGAAGGACGUCAACGACGAGCCCCCGUAUUUCAUCAACCGGCCCCUGCCGAUGCAGGCCGUGGUGCAGCUCAACGCGCCGCCCAAUACGCCCGUCUUCACGCUGCAGGCCCGAGACCCAGACACCGACCACAACAUCCACUACUUCAUUGUCCGUGACAGAACUGGUGGUCGAUUUGAAGUUGACGAGCGUUCAGGCGUGGUCCGCACUAGAGCCAAUGAACCCUUCCAACUGGACAUGGAGUAUGUCCUAUACGUCAAGGCUGAGGAUCAGAAUGGAAGGGUUGAUGAGAGACGCUUCCAGUCCACCCAAGAAGAGCGCCUCUCCAUCGUCGGCGGCAAGCGAGCGCCUCAAUUCUACAUGCCAAGCUAUGAAGCGGAAAUCCCCGAAAACCAAAAGAAGGAUUCAGACAUAAUCUCGGUGAAGGCGAAGUCAUUUGCUGACAGGGAAAUCAGGUACACCCUGAAGGCGCAAGGCCAGGGCGCUGGAACAUUCAACAUUGGACCAACUUCUGGCAUCGUCAAACUAGCUAAAGAGUUGGACUUUGAGGAUUUGAGACAGCCCCAUGUUUAUUCCCUGGUCGUCACAGCCACUGAGGACUCUGGUGGAUUUUCAACUUCUGUUGAGCUUACAAUUCGAGUGACUGAUGUGAAUGACAACGCACCCAAAUUUGAGCUGCCAGACUACCAAGCCCACAAUGUGGACGAGGACAUUCCCAUUGGCACCUCCCUGCUCAGGGUGAAGGCCACCGACUCAGAUUCUGGCACCAACGCUGAAAUCGAGUAUCAAGUCUCGGACGAACACUUUGCUGUGGACUCUGGUGGCGUUGUGACCAACGCUAAACCUCUUGACGCUGACAACAACAAUGCCUACUAUGAAUUCACCAUCACAGCUAAGGACAAGGGUGAGCCAGCAAAGACUGGAACCGCCACCAUCCGCAUCUACACCAAGAAUAAAAACGACGAAGAACCAAAAUUCUCGCAACAAGUUUACACGCCAAACGUGGACGAAAACGCUGGUCCAAACACGCUGGUCACUACAGUGGUCGCUUCAGACAAAGACGGAGACAACGUUCGCUUUGGUUUCGUAAACGGAGGCACCACCUCGGGACAGUUCGUAAUUGAGGAAAUCACUGGUGUCAUUCGGUUGCACAACAAGGCCAUCAACUUGGACAAGGACAAGUAUGAGUUGAAUGUGACGGCUGUGGAUGACGGUUCUUGCUGCAUUGACGGAGACAAAACGCCGCACACCAGCACUGCGGUGGUUGUCGUUUUCAUCACAGAUGUCAACGACAACAAGCCUGUCUUCAAAGACUGUAGCACGUACUACCCCAAGGUGGAAGAGGGUGCGCCAAACGGCAGUCCUGUCAUAAAGGUCCAUGCCACUGAUGAAGACAAAGGUGUGAAUGGCCAGGUCAAGUACUCCAUUGUGCAGCAGCCCAAUCAGAAGGGCACAAAGUUCACUGUUGACGAAGAAACUGGUCAAGUUUCAACAAACAAGGUAUUUGAUCGUGAAGGUGACGAUGGCAAAUUUGUGUCCGUCACUGUCAAGGCCACAGAUCAGGGUGAACCUUCUCUCGAGGGUGUCUGCAGUUUCACCGUUGAAAUCACUGAUGUCAACGACAACCCACCUCUGUUUGAUCGUCAGAAAUAUGUUGAAAAUGUGAAACAAGACGCAAGCAUUGGCACCAACAUUCUCAGAGUGUCUGCCUCUGAUGAGGACGCAGACAACAAUGGGGCCAUUGUUUACAGUCUGAGUGCUCCGUACAACCCUGCAGACCUGGAGUAUUUUGAAAUCCAGCCUGAGUCAGGCUGGAUUGUCCUAAAGAAGCCGCUCGACCGCGAGACUUACAAGUUAGAGGCUAUGGCUCAAGAUAGGGGCUAUCCGCCCCUAUCGAGGACCGUUGAGGUACAGGUCGACGUCGUCGAUCGCGCCAAUAACCCUCCUGUCUGGGACCAUGUGGUCUACGGGCCCAUCUACAUAAAAGAGGACACGGCCGUCGGGGCCAAAGUUGUUUCCGUAAAAGCCAGCUCCGGCAUUGAAAACAAUCCGACCGUUUUCUACCGGCUCAUGCCCGGUUCGACGGCGCAGACCAAUAAAUUCCACACGUUCUACCUGCAACAGCGUUCUGAUAAUGGUUUUACGUGGGCCGAUAUAAAAGUAAAUCACCCGCUAGACUAUGAAACCUUCAAGGAGUACAACCUCACCAUUCGAGUUGAGAACAACGGCGCGCAGCAGUUGGCUUCUGAAGCCACUGUGUACAUCAUGCUGGAGGACGUGAACGACGAAAUCCCAUUGUUCACCGAGCGAGAGCAGGAAACCGUUCUCGAGGGCGAACCAAUUGGCACCAAGGUGACCCAAAUCAACGCCAUCGACAAGGACGGAACCUUCCCUAACAACCAGGUCUACUACUUUGUGGUUGAAUCGUCACGCAAUGAGGGCAAGGAGCACUUUGAGAUCAACAUGCAGACCGGCGAGAUCUUCACCAAAGUGGUGUUCGACAGAGAAAAGCAGGGUGCCUACGCCCUGGAGGUGGAGGCGCGCGACGGCGCCCCCUCGGCCCGGCCCAACAGCAACGGACAGCCCAACUCCGUGACCAAGUUCAUCCGCAUUGGCAUCGCCGACAAGAACGACAACCCACCCUUCUUCGACAAGGCCCUGUACGAGGCGGAGGUGGACGAAAAUGAGGACAUCCAGCACACGGUGCUCACCGUCACGGCCAAGGAUCUCGACGAAUCGUCGAGAAUUCGCUACGAGAUCACCAGCGGUAACAUAGGCGGCGCUUUCGCGGUGAAGAACAUGACAGGUGCCAUCUACGUCGCAGGUGCGCUCGACUACGAGACCAGGAAGAGGUAUGAGUUGCGUCUCGUUGCCGGAGAUGGUCGUAACGAGAACGAAACUGUUGUGGUUAUCCAUGUUAACGACAAGAAUGACCUACCCCCUGUAUUCAAUCAUCCCAUGUACGAGGCAACCCUCGAGGAGGAGUCGCAAGGCCCCUUUCCUAUAAACCUGCUCCAGGUAACUGCCACUGACGGUGACAAGGACAGACCGCAGCAGAUCGUCUACUUCCUCACUGGCCAAGGUAUCGACCCGGACAACCCGGCCAACAGCAAAUUCGAUAUCAACAGGACGACAGGCGAAAUAUUCGUGCUCAAGCCGCUGGACCGCGACCAGCCAGGCGGCCGGCCGCAGUGGCGCUUCACCGUGUUCGCUCAGGACGAGGGUGGUGAGGGUCUGGUCGGCUACGCGGACGUCCAGGUCAACCUCAAGGACAUCAACGACAACGCACCCCUCUUCCCGCAGGGCGUCUACUUUGGCAACGUCACCGAGAACGGCACUGCUGGUAUGGUGGUCAUGACGAUGACGGCCGUGGACUACGAUGACCCGAGCGAGGGCACCAACGCCCGCUUGACAUACUCGAUCGAGAAGAACGUGAUUGAAGAGGAGACCGGGUCGCCGAUCUUCGAGAUCGAAUCGGAUACGGGAGUGAUCAAGACUGCCGUGUGUUGUUUGGACAGAGAAAGGACUCCGGACUACUCGAUACAAGUGGUCGCGAUGGACGGUGGGGGGUUGAAGGGCACGGGCACGGCCUCGAUACGCGUUAAGGACAUCAACGACAUGCCGCCGCAGUUCACCAAGGACGAGUGGUUCACCGAGGUGGACGAAACGGACGGAUCCAAUUUGCCUGAGACGCCCAUCCUCACCGUCACCGUCCACGACGAGGACGAGACCAACAAAUUCCAGUACAAGGUGAUCGAGAAUAGCGGAUACGGAGCUGACAAAUUCACGAUGGUGCGCAACAACGACGGCACCGGCUCUUUGAAGAUCGUCCAACCGCUUGACUACGAAGAUCAGCUUCAAAGCAACGGCUUUAGGUUCCGCAUCCAGGUUAAUGACAAGGGUGAGGACAACGACAAUGACAAGUACCACGUUGCGUACUCGUGGGUGGUGGUCAAGUUGCGCGACAUCAACGACAACAAGCCACAGUUCGAGCGGCCCAACAUCGAGGUGUCCGUGUACGAGAACGCCGAGGUCGGAAAAUCCCUGGAGACUUUCAAGGCCAGCGACCCUGACCAGGCAGGCAGGAGCAGAGUUUCCUAUGCCAUCGACCGCAGCUCGGACCGUCGACGUCAGUUCACCAUCAACAACGAGGGCACCGUCAGUAUUCAAAGGACCCUCGACAGGGAGGACACGCCGCGGCACCAGGUGAAAAUCUUGGCCAUUGACGACGGCAUGCCGGCGAAAACGGCGACGGCAACACUGACGGUGAUCGUGCAGGACAUCAAUGACAACGCACCGACCUUCCUGAAGGACUACCGUCCAGUGCUGCAGGAGCACUCGCAGCCACGCAAGGUGAUCGAAAUCUUGGCCACAGACGACGACGAUCGGUCCAAGAGCAACGGACCUCCAUUCACCUUCCGCAUGGACCCCAAUGCUGACGACGUCAUCCGCGCCUCUUUCAAAGUCGAACAUGACCAAAAGGGUGCCAAUGGUGACGGCAUGGCUGUGAUUUCCUCGCUGCGCUCCUUCGACCGCGAGCAGCAAAAGGAGUACUUAAUCCCAAUUGUGAUCAAAGACUCGGGCAACCCCGCCAUGACCGGCACAAGCACCCUCACCGUAGUGAUAGGCGACGUCAACGACAAUAAAAUGCAGCCCGGAUCCAAGGAUAUAUUUGCGUACAAUUACAUGGGACAGGCUCCAGACACGGAGAUUGGCCGAGUGUAUGUUUACGACUUGGACGACUGGGAUUUGGCUGACAAGAAGUUCUACUGGGAUGGGCCAGAACACCGUAAUUUCAAACUGAACGAAGACACUGGCAUGAUCACAAUGCGACACGGCACUAGAGACGGAAAAUUCCAUCUCCGGUUCAAAGUUUAUGAUCGCAAACACACCCAGACUGACGUACCUGCCAAUGUAACGGUCACCAUCAGGGAAAUACCUCAUGAAGCUGUGAUAAACUCCGGGUCCAUACGAAUCGCUGGAAUCAGUGACGAAGAUUUCAUCCGAGUGUGGAAUUAUCAAUCGCAGACUAUAGUGCGAAGCAAGGCUGAUAAACUAAGGGACAAGCUGGCAGAGUUGCUGGCGACAGAGCGUGAUAAUGUUGAUGUGUUCAGCGUCCAACUGCGCAGGAAGUACCCUCCGAUGACGGACGUUCGCUUCUCGGCGCAUGGAUCUCCUUAUUACAAGCCGGUCAGGCUGAAUGGCGUUGUGCUGAGGCACAGAGAGGAGAUUGAGAAGGACGUUGGAGUCAACAUAACGAUGGUUGGAAUUGAUGAGUGCCUCUACGAGAACCAGGUGUGCGAAGGCAGCUGCACAAACGCCCUGGAGAUCAGCAACCUGCCCUACACAGUAAACGCCAACAAGACUUCCCUGGUCGGCGUGCGAGUGGAUGUCUUGGCCGAGUGCACUUGCGGUGCCCGAAACUUCACCAGGAGCGAAUCUUGCCGCAACAACCCGUGCCACAACGGCGGACGCUGCCAAGAGACCAGAUUUGGAUUCACAUGCAACUGUCCAAGUGGAUAUUCAGGACCUAGGUGUCAACAGACAACACGCAGCUUCCGAGGAAACGGGUGGGCUUGGUACCCACCUCUGGAGAUGUGCGACAAUUCCCAUUUGAGCCUCGAGUUCAUCACCCGAAAGGGAGAUGGACUUUUGCUCUACAACGGACCUAUCGUUCAGCCAGAACCUGAGGAAAUUAUUGUUUCUGACUUUAUUUCGCUGGAGCUGGAGCGUGGCCAACCAAGACUGCUGAUCGACUUUGGCUCAGGCACACUGGAGCUCAAGGUGAAAACCAACAAAGGACUGGACGACGGCGAGUGGCACAGACUGGACGUUUUCUGGGACACGGAAAACGUGCGCCUGGUGGUCGACUUCUGCAAGAGCGCAGGGGUCGUCGAACUGGAGGACGGUCUUCCACCAGAGUUUGACGACUCGUCUUGCCAGGCCAGAGGAAUUGUGCCGCCCUUCAACGAAUACCUGAACGUGAACUCGCCUUUGCAAGUCGGAGGCAUGUUUACCGAAGCCAUUGGACAGUCGCUCUACAAUUGGCAGCACAUGCCUGUUGGUAAAGGCUUUGACGGAUGCAUCAGGAACAUUGUCCACAACAGCAAGCUUUACGACCUGGCCCACCCUGGCAUGACCCGUCACAGCGAGGCCAACUGCCCGCAGACCGACGACGCGUGCACCGGAGGCUACGGCACGAGCACCCGCCACGACGGCACCCCUGCCAUCAGGUGUUGGGAGCCCCACGGCGUCUGUGCUGGUUCCUUCUCCGAGCCCAAGUGCGAGUGCCGCGCCGGCUGGACCGGACCAGGCUGCACGCAGCCCACGGCGCCGACCACCUUCCGCCCUCAGAGUUACGUCAAGUACGCGCUGUCCUUCGAGCCGGACCGCUACUCGACCCAAAUUCAGCUGCGAUUCCGGACUAGGGAGGACUACGGAGAACUUUUCCGCGUCAGCGACCAACACAACAGGGAGUACGGCAUUCUCGAAAUCAAGGACAGCCGCCUGCGUUUCAGGUUCAACCUGAACAGUCUGCGCACUGAGGAGAAGGACCUGUGGCUCAACGCUAUCAUGGUCAACGAUGGACAAUGGCACACAGCAAAGGUUACUCGUUACGGUUCAGCUGCAAUGCUGGAGUUGGACGGAGGUGAAGGUCGUAGAUACAACGAGACCUUCACCUUUGAAGGUCACCAGCACUUGAUGGUUGACAAGCAGGAGGGAGUUUACGCCGGAGGCAAGGCCGAAUACACUGGCGUGCGCACUUUUGAGGUUUACGCCGAUUUCCAGAAAGGCUGCAUCGAUGACAUCAGGCUUGAGGGCAAACACCUGCCCCUGCCACCUGCUAUGAACGGAACUCAAUGGGGACAGGCCACGAUGGCGAGGAAUCUGGACAGGAACUGCCCUUCGAACAAGCCUUGCGCCAACGUCAUCUGCCCUGAUCCAUUCGAGUGCGUCGACCUUUGGAAUGAAUAUGAGUGCACUUGCGGGGAGGGUAGGAUCAUCUCGCCGGACGGCAAGGGCUGCGUGGACAAGAACGAGUGUCUGGACGCGCCGUGUCUGAACGGCGGCGUCUGCGUCAACCAGGACCCGCGCCUCCGCUACCGGUGCAUUUGCCCGGACAACUUCUGGGGCGAGAAUUGCGAACUGGUGCAGGAGGGCCAGACCCUGAAACUGAGCAUGGGGGCCCUGGCCGCCAUCCUCGUUUGCCUGCUGAUCAUCCUCAUUUUGGUGCUCGUCUUCGUUGUGUACAACCGUCGUCGCGAGGCGCACAUUAAAUAUCCAGGGCCUGACGACGACGUCAGAGAGAACAUCAUCAACUACGAUGAUGAGGGUGGCGGCGAGGACGACAUGACCGCCUUCGACAUCACCCCUCUGCAGAUUCCGGUCGGCGCCCCUGAUCUAGCAGUCGCACCAAAACUACCAUUCCCACCAAUGGUUAUGGGCCAGGAGCCUAACGUUGGCCUGUUCAUUGAUGAAUACAAGAAGAGGGCGGACAGUGACCCGAACGCUCCACCAUUUGACGACCUCAGGAAUUACGCCUACGAGGGUGGCGGCAGCACCGCAGGCUCCCUCUCCUCAGUUGGUUCAGAUGAUCGCGAACAAGACUUUGAAUACCUGAAUAGCUGGGGCCCGCGCUUCUCGAAGCUCGCCGACAUGUACGGCAACGAGCUCGAGGGCGACGAAGACAUCCUCCACCAACUGCACUAAGUCACGACUGAAUGAAAGAAGAGAGAAAGAAAGCAAGAAGCCCCUGAACUCUAACGAAAUCGACAGCUACACCAAAAACUGCUGCACUAGUUGUUGAUGUACCCGUGCGAAAAAAUUCUUAUUAGUUACAAUUAUAGAUGUAAGGAGAAGGAUAAUCGCUACUAUAUUUCUAGGAAUAUUUUCGCACGCAGCCUAUAUUAACAGGGAAUCACUCACUGAAUUUGUCAGAUCUCAAAUUUAAUUUUAAUGAUUGCCGCGCUGCACGCCCAUGCUAAUUGAAAAUACCCACGCCAGAAUGGGCCCGCGCCAAUCUCGAAUGGCCGCCAUUUGUGUAUAAAAAGAAAUCCUCUCACUUAGUAUAUUUCCGAAAGCCAAAGAAGAAACACAAAACCUCGAGGUGAAAAUGCGAAUCGAUCGUUGUUUUUAUAUUUCGUUUUACUGAAAAUCAAAAUGGAACGUCAUUUUCCAAGGGUGUUUUGCGUUGAUUAGUUUUUAAUUUUCAAUAAGUGCAAGUGUGCCAAACAGCAUGUAAAAAAAAUAUAAACCGCGCCCAUGUAUGUAUUUAUUGCAAUAAUUUUUUUCCUACACCGUAUGAGCUUAAUUAAAGUAAUACAUGCCGUGUUUGAUUUCGAGCGCGGAAUUAAUAAAUGGAGUAAUUUGUAGGUUAUAAUCAUACCAAUUAAUUUCUUGUGUCAUAUUUAUAUAAAAUAUUCGAGUGGUACCUUAAUUAUUUGUUCUCAAACACACGCAGCUAUACACUUUCCACUUGUGUACAUAGGAAUCAAUGGGCCAGUCAUUAAUGUUAAAUUGUAUAACUCGUAAGGCUUAGACUGAAAGAAAGAAAAUAAGAAAGGGGCUCUAACGAGAGGAAAAUACUCAAGCUUGUCCAGAAGGAGGAAAGAAACAGAUACGGGAGGCCUUGUUGAUCAAAUGAAAAUUAUAAGCGGAUAAAAAAACUAUCGCAAGUUGACGAAUUAAAAAACAUCUCACAUUUCAAGAUUGAAAACGAAAAUCAUUAUCUUGUUACAUACGAAUCUCCGAAAAAGGGGCUCGAGAAGAAAGACAGAUUUAUGAUCUGUGCGAACCAAAAAUUUAUUACAUACUUGAAAAAUACUUAAAAAUCAAACGGAGCAAACGCGUGCGAGCCCUAAAAUGCUCAAUUUUCCACAAAGAAGAAAUUAAUUGAAAAUGACGAUGUACGAGGGAGGCACGGAAGGAAGUAAAAAACCUCAUCAGUCUCGCCACAUGUAUAUGAAAAAAUUACGAAAAGUGAUUGAGGAUUGUCUCUCUCUCACCCCAUGCAAGUUUAGUCAUUAGGUUCCAUUUGUAAUAACAAACGAAAAGAAAAAUACCUGUAAUCGUAAGGAAACUCUUUAAGCAAAGACGGAAUUAAUUAUCAACUAAUUAAAGUCUGUCUAUCUCUCUCUUUCAUCUCACACAUGAAUGUUUCACCACGGUUGCAAAUUGCGUUGUUGUCAUGAAUGUUUCGACGUGGAAAAAUCUCUCAUCCGAUUGUUAAUUAUACACAUAAAACGAUAUGUAUUAAAAACUAAACGAAGAAAAUCACACUAGGGAGCAGAGAUUUUUAUUGGACAGCUCGAAUGUAAUUUUUUAAGUGCAAUCAUACACAAAAAAGAAGUAAAUAAUUAAGAGCGCCUAAAUUUAAGUUGUGCGUACCGGAAAAAAAUCCACAAAUAAUUCUGCAUUUAAUUAAUUAAACUCUAUAUUCGAGUGCGAAAGUAGACCCUGCUGUCUGUAACCGAUUGGGGUGCGAGCGAAUGAGGUGCAAUUAAUUUUAAACGAGGACAGUGUGCAAGCGAAAAAGCAAUAUGUCAUUUGUGAAUAGCCCCCGACCGAAAGAGCAACUUCGGAGCUUAAAAUUAAUAAAUUUUUUCCAUCUUUGGACGCUCCAGAGGUUUUAAAAUUAAAAUAAUCUCACAUCUUUGGGAACCGAACAUAUUUCCAACACACUGCCAGAUAAUUCAACCAACUUUCCUGACUGCAGCAGCUAUUUUACCAGUGUGUUUGAAUGCGACUUGAGAGAAUGUCGACAAAUGUUCACCAAAAUCGGCGGUUUUCAUUUCUCACUUAAAAAAAAUAUUUCAUCGAAAGCAGCGCAAUAAAAUAUCGAAACGAUUUAUUAAUUACAUAAAAGAAACUAAUCCACCCGGAGAAAUUUUGUACGUUUUUUGAUAUGACAAAAAAAAAGUGCGAGCGGUUUUAUGAGAUGCGAGAGGACCUUUCUUUCAUUUCCGACUGUCUCUAUAUCACUUGUAGAAUCUUUGUGCGCGUGUUUUUCUGAAAAAAUGCAAACGUAGGCCUAAUAAUCGAGAGCUCGGUUACCAAUUUGAUUGAUUUCUCAUCGGUGCUGCCGCGUUAUUAGGUCUGAAAACAUCAGCGAGUGAAUAAUUAAUUAAUUAACAAUUCAAUUAUUAUCAUUCUCGGAUAAAACACGAAAGAAAGAAAGAGUUAUAUAGAUAAAAAUAAAAUUGUACAUGUCUUUGUAGCACACAGAAAAAUCCACCGGUCAAUUUCAAAUAAGACGAACGCAAUUUCGCAAAACUUCUUUUUUCGCUCCAACGUUUAUCAGGGACAUUCCAUAGCAAAUUUUUCUACCUCCCGAAUUUUCGUUUUCUCGGUUAAUAAGAAAAAAGCAAAAUGAUCGUUCACACACCCAAAGCAGAAAAACGAAAGCGCGUUGCGAUGGGGUCGAGGAAAUUUCCGAAUGACCCGCGGCCCUUUCGAUCUUAAUGAGACUGCAGUUGUAUAAAAUAAAAAAAGAGUACUAUGACGAGAUGCGAUGGUGGUAUUUGAAAACAAAAAUUGCACACACUUUAGCGUAUGUACGUAUUACUCGUUGCAUUGGUUUGGUUCCAACUAUUGAUAUAAAUUUAAAAAAAAAAAAAACAA